CGGAUAAGACAAAUCUUUUUCUAAAAUCUAUGGAAUGACCGUGGUCCUCUUAUCAGAUUUUGAUUUAACUUAUAACUGGAAAAAUAUGCAAUAAAAUUUGUUGAAGUCGUUGAAUGGGUAAACAGGAAUAUCUAGAAGGCCGAGUCAUUGCCGCUCAGAGCUUCGUAUAAACAGAACUAAAUAAUUCGAUCAUCAACAGUCUCCGAAACUGAAACUGAUAAAACUUAUAAAAAAAAUCUGAAAAUUUGUAUAAUGUCUUCUUUGAACUCAUCGGAGACGCCCACCACAAGUUCUGCCGUGCAGAAGAAAACUUCAAAGGAUCAAGAAUGUACCAUGAGCGAUCCCCAGAGUCUUGAGGGGAUCGAUAAUCGCCUCAAGUCCCUUAUGGCUCGCUUGACUACUCUGGAGAAUUCGCUGGAAGAGUUGAGCUUACCUCUUCAGACGUACUUCGAAGGAGAUCGCGGAGACACCGAUCAGGAUUUUGAAACUUUGCAGGAUGCGUUGGACGUCCAGGAUCAUGAACUUUUGGACUUGGAGGUUGAAAAUGAUAUCGGAGACAAGAAAGAUGACGAUGAUGUUAAAGAAUUAAAGGAUGAAGACCCAGAGAAUUCGUAAGGAAUUGCUCUGCAUGACUUAAAUAAUUUUAGUGUUAUUCAAUUUAAGUGCAUAAAACUAUUGAGAAUGGUGUAAAAGUUUAAUUUAUUCACAUUAUGAAAAAUGCAUUCUGUUGUCCUGGGAAAUGCAUUGAAAAUGU